AUGCUGAACCCCGACGUGCCGGAUAUUUGCUUGGUCCGCGGGCAAACGGGGUCGUACAUUUACGCCGUGACAGAUCUUAUCCUUUUGCGGCACCGGCGGAACGAUUUGGCCACUCGCGACAUGGCGGAACUUCUUGAUCGGGUUUGCAAGAACCUGGUGGACCAGGAUCUGGACGAGGUGCUGAUUUCCGGCCCACGGCCGGGCAGGCUCGCCAAGCGGAGGUUGGGCCCGGACCUUUGA